AUGCGGACGUCUCUAUCAGUAUGUUUCGCUUCGAUCGCCAGCUCGGUUUUGGCCGCGCCGAGCAGCCUCCGAGCAAGACAAGAUACGCCCACCGUUGAUCUUGGCUACGAGCUCCAUUCGUCGACAUACAACAGCACUGGGGACUAUUACAUUUUUAAGAAUGUCCCUUAUGCUGAACAACCGAUCGGAGACUUUCGCUUUCAAAAGUCCGUACUCCCGACAGGCGCGAGCUCGUCGGUCAAUGAUGGCGGCUCAGCCGAUCUCGAGUGUAUGCAAGCGUAUCCGGGCUGGGUUGUAGAGCUUCAGGCUGCGGCAUAUGGCGUCGAUGUUGCAACCAUGGCUUACAUCCUAUACAACGCCGGCAACCAGACUGAGUCGUGCUUGCUCCUGGAUAUCUAUGUACCAGCCUCCAUAUACGAUCUUGGCAUUGCUGCAGAAGCACCAGUUCUCGUCUGGACACACGGCGGAGGAUUCACGUACGGCUCUAAGACCUCAGACUUUGCUGGGCUGCUCUCACGAUCCAACAACACUUCAAUUAUCGUAUCGCUCAACUACCGCUUGGGCGUGUUCGGCUGGCUAGACGGUUCCGACGUUACGCCUAACUUGGGCUUGUACGAUCAGCGCCUGGCAUUUGACUGGAUCAAGGAAUACAUCGGUCGCUUCGGUGGCAGCGCUAGCAGGAUUACUGCCAUGGGUGAAAGUGCUGGUGCUUCUAGUAUGUUGCAUCACAUUACUGCCUCCGGGGGCGCGGAGAAAGCACCCUUCGAACAGGCCGUGAUCCUGAGCCCUGCAUAUCAGUUCAAUCUUGAUGGCGCCAAUGGAUACAAGUUGACCAUGGAAGAGGCAACAAGCCAGACUGGGGGAACGGUCGACAGCGUCGAAGAACUGAAAAAUCUCACCUCGGAACAGCUCAAGUCUAUCAAUCAGGCUGUGGUCUACGCAUCCGCCAUUGGUGGUUUCAAUUACGGACCAGUGGUGGAUGACACAUACGUACCAAAUCACCCUCAGGUACUUUUAUUAGAAGGGAAAUUUGACCACUCUGUCAACUUGCUGGUCAGUCAUACGUCCAAUGAAUCGGUGCCCUUCACUCCCAGCAACAUAUCUACGGCCGAGGACGUUCACGCACAUAUCAGCCAGCUCUUCCCAGAGGCGUCGCCAGAGACUAUUGAAUACAUGCUCACCGAGAUCUGGCCUGACGUUCUCGAUGGGACAUAUCCCUGGACCACCGAGUUCGCUCGGGCUGUCAAGAUCGGCACCGAGGUCCACUUUUCCUGCUCAUCCCGCUACCUUUCUGUGGCCUUUGACAACCAUACGUACGAUAGCAUUUUCAGCUACAUGCCUGGCUACCAUGCUCAGGAUGUCCCAUUCUACUUCUUCAAUGGAGACACGAGUACACCCAACAAUGGCCAGCUCACCAACCCAACCAUUGCAUACGCGAUGCAAGAUCAUGUCAUGACUUUCACGCUCACUGGAAAUCCAAACUACUUGGGCGCAUCCGUUGAAUGGCCAAUCUACGGUUCUGAUGCUCAGGUCCUGGACUACACCUUCACCGGCCCUGAUGUGGGAACAGACGACUUGAAGAAUCCCCGCUGUGACUGGAUACAGCAAGCAAUGGCUGACGGAAUACUGUAA